GUUCUAGUGCUGCUUGGCGGGAGCUGUGCGCUGGUGGGCUUUGCGCGAAGGGAGCCCUUCGGUUUCCCUUCUCCGGAAUCGCCCGGAGGGAUCUCACUCGGUCUGAAUCCGGACGCGAAGCUCCCCGGGCCGCUCCAGAGUGUAGUUUGCCUGCAGAGGCCCCAGUGCCCGGAUGUCCAUCAGGAUUAGCGCGAGCCAAUACGCUGGGAGCCCGAGGCUGCGCUGAGGACGCCCGGGCUCGGGAGCAGGUAGUCCCGUAACAUCGGGGAGUCGCGCUGGGGAAUCGUCCCCGCCCGGCCCCGGCAAAUGGUGAGCGCGGCGCUGGCAGAAGGGCCGCGGGUUGAAGGCUCUGAUGGACAGGAGACCUUGAGCUCUAUAAACUGAAUUAUGGCAGCCCAGUCAAGCAGCUUAUACAAUGAAGACAGAAACCUGCUUCGAAUUAGAGAGAAGGAAAGACGCAACCAGGAAGCUCACCAAGAGAAAGAGGCAUUUUCUGAAAAGAUUCCCCUUUUUGGAGAGCCCUACAAGACAGAAAAAGGUGAUGAGCUCUCCAGUCGAAUACAGAACAUGCUGGGAAACUAUGAAGAGGUGAAGGAGUUCCUUAGUACCAAGUCCCACCCUCAGUGCUUGGAUGCUUCUGAAAAUAGGUUGGGAAAGCCGAGAUACCCCUCAUUUCCUGAGAAGGGGAGCAGCAUUCCAUCUCACUCCUUCCACACUAGUGUCCACCACCAGCCUAUUAAUACUCCUGCGUCUGGACCACUUCCUAUUGGUACCAUUAGCCACAACCCAAAGAUGGCGCAGCCAAGAAUGGAACCAAUGCCAAGUCUCCAUGUCAAAAGCUAUGGCCCACCAGACAGCCAGCACAUGACCCAAGAUCGCCUUGGUCAGGAGGGGUACAGCUCUAAUCAUCACAAAAAGGGUGACCGCAGGGCUGAUGGAGACCACUGUGCUUCAAUGACAGACUCAGCUCCAGAGAGGGAGCUUUCUCCUUUGUUCUCUUUGCCUUCCCCAGUCCCCCCUUUGUCACCUGUACAUUCCAACCAGCAGACUCUUCCCAGGACGCAAGGAAGCAACAAGGUUCACAGCAGUAACAGUAACAAUAAAGGCUACUGUCCGGCCAAGUCUCCCAAGGACCUACUGGUAAAGGUCCAUGAUAAAGAGACCCUUCAAGACAGUUCAGUAGCAGUUGCCAGCCUUGGGGUAGCCCCUCCCCAGCCACCUUCUCAGACUUUCCCCCCACCCCCCCUCCCCUCAAAAAGCCUUGCAAUGCAGCAGAAGCCCACGGCUUAUGUCCGGCCCAUGGAUGGUCAAGAUCAGGCUCCUAGUGAGUCUCCUGAACUGAAACCACUGCCGGAGGACUACCGGCAACAGAGUUUUGAAAAAACAGACUUAAAAGUGCCUGCCAAAGCCAAGCUCACUAAGCUGAAAAUGCCUUCUCAGUCAGUCGAGCAGACCUACUCCAGUGAAGUCCAUUGUGUUGAAGAGAUUCUGAAGGAAAUGACCCAUUCAUGGCCUCCUCCUUUGACAGCAAUACACACGCCUAGUACAGCUGAGCCCUCCAAAUUUCCUUUUCCCGCAAAGGAUUCUCAGCAUAUCAGUUCUGCAACCCUAAACCAAAAACAAUAUGAUACAUCUUCAAAAACCCACAGUAAUUCUCAGCAGGGAACAUCCAUGCUCAAAGAUGACCUUCAGCUCAGUGACAGUGAGGACAGUGACAGUGGUCAGACCCCAGAGAAGCCUCCUUCCGCAUCUGCACCUCCAAGCGCUCCGCAGGCGCUGCCCGCAGCCGCGGCCUCAGCACAUUCCAGCAGCGCUGAGUCGGAGAGCACCAGCGACUCUGACAGCUCCUCGGACUCAGAGAGCGAGAGCAGCUCCAGUGACAGCGAGGAGAACGAGCCUCGAGAAGCCCCGGCUCCCGAGCCCGAACCUCCGACAACAAACAAAUGGCAGCUGGACAACUGGCUGACCAAAGUCAGCCAGCCCGCGCCGCCCGCCGAGGCCCCGGGCAGUGCCAAGCCCCCGGCCCGGCACCCGGACAGUAAGGGCAAGGGUGGCGACGGCGCCACCGGAGGUCACGAGCGCUCGGAGUCCAAAGAGCCUCCCCCCAAAAGCUCCAGCAAAGCCCCUCGGGUGCCUUCCGAAGGCCCCCAUGCGGGCAAGAGGAGCUGUCAGAAGUCCCCUGCCCAACAGGAGCCCCCGCAGAGGCAAACCGUGGGAUCCAAACAACCCAAGAAGCCCGUCAAGGCCUCCGCCCCGGGGCAUGCGGAUGCGCAUGCAGAUGCGCGCGCCAGUCUGCUGGUGGAGAGCGAGUCCGGACUUCCUCCCCAGGCCUCCAAAGACCAGCCUUCCAAAGACAAGCCCAAGGUGAAGACGAAAGGGCGGCCCCGUGCCGCAGAGAGCCGUGAGCCCAAGCCGGUGGCGCCCACCUCCAGCGAACGGAAGAAGCACAGGAGCGGCCCCCCGGCCCCCCCGAAGGCACCUCUGAAGGACGCGGCGGAGGACAGGAGCCCCGAGCACUUUGCCCUCGUCCCCUUGACCCAGAGCCAGGGCCCUGCCCGCAGCGGCGGCGCCAGGACUAGUGGCUGCCGACUGGCGGUGGUCGUCCAGGAGGACCGCCGCAAGGACAAACCCCUGGUGCCUUUGAGAGACACCAAGCUGCUCUCCCCGCUCAGGGACACUCCGCUCCCGCAAAGCUUGAUGGUGAAGAUCACCCUGGACCUCCUCUCUCGGAUACCCCAGCCUCCUGGGAAGGGCAGCCGCCCCAAGAAACCGGAAGACAAACAGCCAUCGACAGGGAAGAAGCCAGAUUCUGAGAAGAGAAGCUCAGAAAACUCAAGCAAGUUGGCCAAAAAGAGAAAGGGUGAAGCAGAAAGAGACCACGAUAGCAAGAAAAUCAGGCUGGAGAAAGAAGUCAAAUCGCAGUCAUCACCCUCAUCCUCCCACAAAGAAUCUUCUAAAUCAAAAACUCCCAGGCCCUCCUCUGAGCCCUCAAAGAAGGAAAUGCUUCCCCCUUCACUUGUGUCAUCCUCGUCCUCAUCCUCCCAGAAGCCAGCCAAGCCUGCACAAAAGAGGUCAAGGCAGGAAGCAGACCCCAGUGGCCAGGACCCUCCCAAAAGUGCCAGUAGUACCAAGGGCAACCACAGAGACUCUUCUGUUUCCAAGCACAGAAAAGUAGAGGGGAAGGGCUCUGGAAGCUCUACAGAACACAAAGGAUCUUCUGGAGAUACUGCAAAUCGUUUUCCAGUGCCUUCUUUGCCAAAUGGUAACUCCAAGCCAGGGAAGCCUCACAUGAAGUUGGACAAACAACAAGCAGAUUUUCACAUGAAGGAGGCCAAAAGGUUGAAGGACAAAGCAGAAUUAGUGACGGACAAGGUUGGGAAGGCUUUUAAGUACCUGGAAGCUGCCUUGUCCUUUAUUGAGUGUGGCAUUGCCAUGGAAUUGGAAAGCCCAGCGUCCAAGUCAGCUUGCUCCAUCUAUGCAGAAACCCUAGACCUCAUCAAAUUCAUAAUGUCAUUAAAAUCCUUCUCGGAUGCCACAACACCAACACAGGAGAAAAUAUUUGCUGUUUUAUGCAUGCGUUGCCAGUCCAUUUUGAACAUGGCUAUGUUUCGUUGUAAAAAAGAUAUAGCAAUAAAGUAUUCCCGUACUCUUAACGAACACUUCUUCAAGACUUCUUCCAAAGUUGCCCAGGCACCUUCUCCAUGCAUCGCAAGAAGCACAGGCACACCAUCCCCCCUCUCUCCAAUGCCUUCUCCAGCCAGCUCCAUAGGAUCCCAGUCAAGCGCUGGCAGUGUGGGGAGCGGGGGCAUGCCCGCCACCAUCAGCACCCCAGUCACCAUCCAGAACAUGACAUCUUCCUAUGUCACCAUUACUUCCCAUGUCCUUACUGCCUUUGAUCUUUGGGAACAGGCUGAGGUCCUUACCAGGAAGAAUAAAGAAUUCUUUGCUCAGCUUGGCACAGGUGUGUGCGCCCUGGCCCUUGACAGCAGUCUGAUGGACCUGGUGCGCUAUACAAGACAGGGCUUUCAGCGGCUGAAACAAGUAACCAAAACACCUUAAUGGAGGCCCAGGUUGAUCUGAUGCCUUGGGAACUUUUUUGCACGUUGGAAGCCUCAAAACAGUCCAGACAUUUGUCUCAUCAGGAUACCAAACUUGAGAAGAGAAGCACCAUGAGAUGGCCAGGACAUUUGUUCACUGAAACUCAAGAACUAUGGAAUCAUUGGUUGGACAGGAUGUUUUUGUAGAAGCAGAAAUGAGGAGGCUGGCCUCAGAGAUGAUCUUGCCUUUCCUUCCUAAAGGACAGAAGUGCAAUGUAGCCUGAGUGGGCGUAUGAAUGGUCUAGAAACAUUUCCGUCUUUUUUUAACCAGCAGGAUGCAAAUGAAAUGAGGAGGAGCAAUUUCAACUCUGAAAGCAAAUUCACAUCAUCUCAGUAGCCACAUUAGUUCAUUCCUAGAAGGAAUUUUUUUUUUUUAAACAGUGAAUUGUGGUGUAGGGUUUUGUGGGUGAUUUUUUUUUUUCUUUUAAGUUUUGGGGGAAAUAUUUGUUUAAUAAAUUCUAAUGGUCAUCUAUAAAACAUAAGUUGUGAAGGACUCCACUGUACCCCACUUUCUGCCAUUGAACAGUGGCUUUGAUAAUACCAGGUAUUGUCCUAAUUUAUAAAAUUGAAGGCAACCCACCCCCCGACCCCCUAUUGCCUGGAUACUGCACGUUCAACCCAGCUCUGAUUUCUCCGUUACUGUGCUGGAAGGCGGCCCCAUCGGGCUGGGGGAGAGAGGAGCUACAGCGCACAGGGGAGCCAUCUCCAUCCCCAUCCGCAUCCCCAUCUCCAUGUACCACGGAGGACUGGGCGCUGCCGUUCCCACCCCCUGCUCCAGAGAAAGGCAGUCACGUUGACUGUACUCUGCAUUUUCUACUUUGGGGAGGAAGGAAACCAACAUUUAUCCGUGACCAGAUGGUUGAAGUGCUUUUCAAUUUUUGUUUAAGUAGAGCUGGAAUUUGAGGUGCUGAUCUGUGGUCUACAGUUAUGUGGUAACUCACGUUGUCUACCAACUCAGAGUUUUGUCAGUGAACAAAGAAAAAUGAAAUCUACUUCUUAGGCUAUAUUUUUCUGCUACAAAUUACUUUAUAUUUAUAGCAAAACUAGACUUUGAGAGCCCUUGAUUGUCUAGGGGAAAUUAACUCCCUGAGAGGCUGUGGAGAUUUGGGGUGGUUUAUUAGACUUUCAAAAAAAAAAAGUCACCACAUGCCUUCAGUCCAGAGUGUUCUCAAUCAACUAGAUGUGAUUAGACUGAAGAGGAACUGUGGCCUUCCCAUAAGUUGUUAUUGCCAGAUUCUAUACAUUAAACCAAGUUUAUUUUGAAUGACUUAAAGUGGGGGAAAAAAAACCCAAACAAACAGAAUUCCCACAUAUCCAUAAGCACAGAUUUUUUUCAUUGAAACUUUGAGGGUUAUUAUUGGAAGCAUUAUUUUGAGUGCAGUGUUUUUAGAAGCCAAUUCUUUUUAUCCCUUUUAGAAGUAGAAUUUGCACAUCUCUUACAAUUGAGGAGUGAGUGUUAGCGCUACAACUGGUUUAUUUUUCUGCCUUCAUCCCAUUCCGCCCCCUACGUGUUGUUUCCUACCAAGCAUGUUUGUCAUUGUCAUGUUUAUUAGUGAAGAAGGGAGUACCAUCUUUAUUUGUGAUGAAGCGGUCUAAGGGCCAUAUGAUGAAUGUAAGAACUUUCUUGGUAAUUGGUAACUAUAUAAAAGGGAUGUGUAGCGGAUGGGAGUGAUGCUUAUUUUUCACAGUAUGAAUUGUUUGUGUGAAGCUGUUCCUUCAGUGUCUUAGAGUAUCUAGCCUGUUCUUUGGUUAUCACUAGGACAGAGGUCUGUUACUUCAUGUUUAGGUUAAAGCGAGAGCAUUACAACAGUAGUAAUAUCUGAGCAUAAGAACUUGAUGUGCGAUCUUGAUGGACUGAUUUCAUUUACUGAUGUUCUAAAGCAGAGCCAUGGUCCUUUUUAAACUACUCGUUUAAAAAGCAGCCUGUUGUUAAAUGAACAGUAAUUGCCUGGUAGGUUGUCUGCUUGUGGCAUUGUGUGUCCAUCUCUUCUAUGUAGGAGACAGGACACCAGAGUGUGUUCUUGAGGACAGGUUCUGAUCCAUGCACACCGUGCUGAGUGUGUGUGUCUUGUCAGGAGCCACAGUGUCCCCCUGACUGAAGACAUUUCCAAGUCAGUUUCUCAGCCAUUUCUAAAAGAGGUAAUUGCUUUUUCAGUGGCCUUAUUCUUUGUGUGUGUGUUUUUUUCCCUGACCUUUAUAUUAAGAUUUUAUUUGUCCCUUAAAAAACUAAUGAGUUUGCAGAGAUCAGUUUGUACUAUUUUGAUCAUGGAAUAUUUCUGAUUCUUACUGCAAAAUGCAUUUUACCUAAAAGAAUUCUUAAUGGCUACUUUUAAAGCAGAGUAUGUAAAAAGGUAGUGGCUGAUGAAUCCUUAAUGUUCAUAAGGUCUUUUC